UGUCAACUAUUGUCAACAUAGAAGGAUAUCGAAAUUGUUGUUUUGCAGCAAUUUUUAAUUAUUUUAUUAGUAAUUUAAGCUUAAGAAUAUUGAUUUCUAUAAAAAUAAUAUUAAAGUCGCGAGUCGACAAUUGCUUUGACUCUGUCCACUAAGUGUGUAAAGAUAGAUACUGUGUGGGGUUGGGCGUCUCCGCCCUUGCGAUUACAACUGGCAGGACACAUUAGAAGCUCUUGUAGAAUGGGCGAAACUACGGGAGGUGAACGUCCCCCAUCACCAGCCCGUUUGUCCCAUACCUCGGAAAAACACGCAAAAAACGUUCUAACAGAGUUAAAUUUACUACGAAGACAUAGAGAACUCUGUGAUGUUGUAUUUAACGUCGGUUCAAGAAAAAUAUUCGCUCAUAGAGUUUUAUUAAGCGCUUGCAGUCCUUAUUUUAGAGCUAUGUUUACUGGAGAGCUAAUAGAAUCCAAACAAACCGAAAUAGCGAUAAGGGAUAUAGACGAAGUUGCGAUGGAUUUGUUAGUUGAUUUCUGCUAUACUUCUCAUAUCGUUGUAGAGGAAUCAAAUGUGCAAAUUUUAUUGCCAGCAGCAUGUUUAUUACAGUUAACCGAAAUUCAAGAUAUUUGUUGCGAAUUUUUAAAAAGACAGUUAGAUCCCUCGAAUUGUUUGGGUAUUAGAGCUUUCGCCGACACACAUUCCUGCAGGGAAUUACUCAGAAUAGCGGAUAAAUUCAUCCAACACAAUUUCCAAGAAGUCAUCGAAUCCGAGGAAUUUUUUUUACUGCCGGUUAAACAAUUAGAAGAUAUAAUCGCCAGCGAUGAAUUGAAUUCUCGCGGAGAAGAACAAGUAUACACUUCGGUUAUGUCUUGGGUGAAGUAUAAUUUAGCCGAAAGGAGACAGUACCUCCACCAAGUAAUGGAACACGUCCGAAUGCCUUUGUUUAGUCCGAAAUUUCUAGUCGGUACCGUCGGUUCUGAUUUACUAAUCAGAUCUAAUGAACGUUGUAGAGAUUUAGUGGACGAAGCCAAAAAUUAUCUUCUGCUUCCACAAGAACGACCUCUGAUGCAAGGACCAAGAACUAGACCGAGGAGACCGACAACGAGGGGGGAGGUGUUGUUCGCCGUCGGGGGUUGGUGUAGCGGUGACGCGAUAUCUUCAGUGGAAAAAUUCGAUCCCCAAACUAUGGAAUGGAAAAUGGUGGCUCCGAUGAGUAAAAGGAGGUGCGGCGUCGGCGUCGCCGUAUUGAACGAUCUACUGUUCGCCGUCGGGGGACACGAUGGCCAAAGUUACCUAAACAGCAUCGAGAGAUACGAUCCGCAAACUGAUCAAUGGUCGUGCGACGUUGCCCCGACAACUUCUUGUAGGACCAGCGUGGGGGUGGCCGUGCUGGAUAAUUUGCUGUACGCCGUCGGCGGACAGGACGGCGUACAAUGUUUAAAUCACGUUGAACGAUUCGAUCCGAAGGAUAAUAAAUGGACGAAAGUAGCCCCGAUGACGACUAGGCGAUUGGGAGUGGCGGUAGCGGUACUCGGUGGUUACUUGUACGCCAUCGGAGGCUCGGAUGGACAAUCGCCUUUGAAUACAGUCGAACGUUACGAUCCUCGAAAUAAUAAAUGGACGUUAGUGAGUCCGAUGUCGACUAGACGCAAACAUUUGGGUUGCGCGGUGUUUAAUAAUUUAAUUUAUGCGGUCGGGGGUCGCGACGAUUGUAUGGAGCUGAGUAGUGCCGAAAGGUACAAUCCAUUAACGAAUUCUUGGAGUCCGAUCGUCGCUAUGACAUCUAGAAGAAGCGGGGUCGGAUUGGCUGUUGUAAACGGUCAAUUGUACGCCGUCGGUGGUUUCGACGGUACUGCCUAUUUAAAAACCAUCGAAUUUUACGAUACGGAACAAAACCAAUGGAGAUUGUGCGGCUCGAUGAAUUAUAGACGUUUAGGUGGUGGAGUUGGAGUAAUGAGGAUGCCGCAAACUGAAAAUCGGAUUUGGUAGCAAAUACUUUAUGUCGUUUAAACGGCGUUUUAUCAAAUCUACACAAUGUGAUCUAAAAAUUAACCGGAAGGAUAAAAAUAAACGACGGAUCGAUAUUUAUUUCACAUUUAUAUAUAUAUAUACGAUUCUAUACAACCCCUCGGUUGUCGUUGUUUCUUUUUUCGAUUGAAAUUCGCGUUUGAUUGAUUUUUAUAAAAAAAUUUUAUGCCAAUUGGUUCGGUUAGUUUGGGAUCACGUUGUAUAAUGUUGAGAAAAAAAGCUAUCCUCGAAAAAUUUCUACUAGAAUUUAAAAUCACAGAAGUUGAAAUGGAUCGAGUUUGUUUGUUCACUCAUUACGAUGUAUGGAAAUGAAAUGUUGUAUUAUAUGGAAAAAAAAUCGAGACUUGAAGAUAUAUUAAGAGUUUUUCCAAGUGGAAACGGGGACAGAACGUUCCUAAAGGACUAAAAACACUAGUUUAUUGGCAUUUUUAUCACCAAAGGCAUAAUUUCUUCAAAAAUUCUCUGACUAAGUGAAAAAUGGCGUUUUUUCGAGUAAAAGUGAGGUUAGAAAGUCAACAGACGUAAGUUGGUAACAAUUUCUCUGGUUUAGGACGUUAUGAUGGUUCCCCGAGUCACAGAUUGUACCCAAAAACACUAAUCUAUUGGAAUUCGUAUCACCAAGGGUGUAAUUUCUUCAAAAAUUCUCUGACUAAGUGAAAAAUGGCGUUUUUUCGAGUAAAAGUGAGGUUAGAAAGUCAACAGACGUAAGUUGGUAACAAUUUCUCUGGUUUAGGACGUUAUGAUGGUUCCCCGAGUCACAGAUUGUACCCAAAAACACUAAUCUAUUGGAAUUCGUAUCACCAAGGGUGUAAUUUCUUCAAAAAUUCUCUGACUAAGUGAAAAAUGGCGUUUUUUCGAGUAAAAGUGAGGUUAGAAAGUCAACAGACGUAAGUUGAUUAGAAAUUCUCUGGUUUAGGACGUUAUAAUGGUUCUCCAAGUCACAGAUUGUACCCAAAAACACUAAUCUAUUGGAAUUCGUAUCACCAAGGGUGUAAUUUCUUCAAAAAUUCUCUGACUAAGUGAAAAAUGGCGUUUUUUCGAGUAAAAGUGAGGUUAGAAAGUCAACAGACGUAAGUUGGUAAGAAUUUCUCUGGUUUAGGACGUUAUGAUGGUUCCCCGAGUCACAGAUUGUACCCAAAAACACUAAUCUAUUGGAAUUCGUAUCACCAAGGGUGUAAUUUCUUCAAAAAUUCUCUGACUAAGUGAAAAAUGGCGUUUUUUCGAGUAAAAGUGAGGUUAGAAAGUCAACAGACGUAAGUUGGUAAGAAUUUCUCUGGUUUAGGACGUUAUGAUGGUUCCCCGAGUCACAGAUUGUACCCAAAAACACUAAUCUAUUGGAAUUCGUAUCACCAAGGGUGUAAUUUCUUCAAAAAUUCUCUGACUAAGUGAAAAAUGGCGUUUUUUCGAGUAAAAGUGAGGUUAGAAAGUCAACAGACGUAAGUUGGUAAGAAUUUCUCUGGUUUAGGACGUUAUAAUGGUUCUCCAAGUCACAGAUUGUACCCAAAAACACUAAUCUAUUGGAAUUCGUAUCACCAAGGGUGUAAUUUCUUCAAAAAUUCUCUGACUAAGUGAAAAAUGGCGUUUUUUCGAGUAAAAGUGAGGUUAGAAAGUCAACAGACGUAAGUUGGUAAGAAUUUCUCUGGUUUAGGACGUUAUGAUGGUUCCCCGAGUCACAGAUUGUACCCAAAAACACUAAUCUAUUGGAAUUCGUAUCACCAAGGGUGUAAUUUCUUCAAAAAUUCUCUGACUAAGUGAAAAAUGGCGUUUUUUCGAGUAAAAGUGAGGUUAGAAAGUCAACAGACGUAAGUUGAUUAGAAAUUCUCUGGUUUAGGACGUUAUAAUGGUUCUCCAAGUCACAGAUUGUACCCAAAAACACUAAUCUAUUGGAAUUCGUAUCACCAAGGGUGUAAUUUCUUCAAAAAUUCUCUGACUAAGUGAAAAAUGGCGUUUUUUCGAGUAAAAGUGAGGUUAGAAAGUCAACAGACGUAAGUUGGUAAGAAUUUCUCUGGUUUAGGACGUUAUGAUGGUUCCCCGAGUCACAGAUUGUACCCAAAAACACUAAUCUAUUGGAAUUCGUAUCACCAAGGGUGUAAUUUCUUCAAAAAUUCUCUGACUAAGUGAAAAAUGGCGUUUUUUCGAGUAAAAGUGAGGUUAGAAAGUCAACAGACGUAAGUUGAUUAGAAAUUCUCUGGUUUAGGACGUUAUAAUGGUUCUCCAAGUCACAGAUUGUACCCAAAAACACUAAUCUAUUGGAAUUCGUAUCACCAAGGGUGUAAUUUCUUCAAAAAUUCUCUGACUAAGUGAAAAAUGGCGUUUUUUCGAGUAAAAGUGAGGUUAGAAAGUCAACAGACGUAAGUUGGUAAGAAUUUCUCUGGUUUAGGACGUUAUGAUGGUUCCCCGAGUCACAGAUUGUACCCAAAAACACUAAUCUAUUGGAAUUCGUAUCACCAAGGGUGUAAUUUCUUCAAAAAUUCUCUGACUAAGUGAAAAAUGGCGUUUUUUCGAGUAAAAGUGAGGUUAGAAAGUCAACAGACGUAAGUUGGUAAGAAUUUCUCUGGUUUAGGACGUUAUAAUGGUUCUCCAAGUCACAGAUUGUACCCAAAAACACUAAUCUAUUGGAAUUCGUAUCACCAAGGGUGUAAUUUCUUCAAAAAUUCUCUGACUAAGUGAAAAAUGGCGUUUUUUCGAGUAAAAGUGAGGUUAGAAAGUCAACAGACGUAAGUUGGUAAGAAUUUCUCUGGUUUAGGACGUUAUGAUGGUUCCCCGAGUCACAGAUUGUACCCAAAAACACUAAUCUAUUGGAAUUCGUAUCACCAAGGGUGUAAUUUCUUCAAAAAUUCUCUGACUAAGUGAAAAAUGGCGUUUUUUCGAGUAAAAGUGAGGUUAGAAAGUCAACAGACGUAAGUUGAUUAGAAAUUCUCUGGUUUAGGACGUUAUAAUGGUUCUCCAAGUCACAGAUUGUACCCAAAAACACUAAUCUAUUGGAAUUCGUAUCACCAAGGGUGUAAUUUCUUCAAAAAUUCUCUGACUAAGUGAAAAAUGGCGUUUUUUCGAGUAAAAGUGAGGUUAGAAAGUCAACAGACGUAAGUUGGUAAGAAUUUCUCUGGUUUAGGACGUUAUGAUGGUUCCCCGAGUCACAGAUUGUACCCAAAAACACUAAUCUAUUGGAAUUCGUAUCACCAAGGGUGUAAUUUCUUCAAAAAUUCUCUGACUAAGUGAAAAAUGGCGUUUUUUCGAGUAAAAGUGAGGUUAGAAAGUCAACAGACGUAAGUUGGUUAGAAAUUCUCUGGUUUAGGACGUUAUAAUGGUUCUCCAAGUCACAGAUUGUACCCAAAAACACUAAUCUAUUGGAAUUCGUAUCACCAAGGGUGUAAUUUCUUCAAAAAUUCUCUGACUAAGUGAAAAAUGGCGUUUUUUCGAGUAAAAGUGAGGUUAGAAAGUCAACAGACGUAAGUUGGUAAGAAUUUCUCUGGUUUAGGACGUUAUAAUGGUUCUCCAAGUCACAGAUUGUACCCAAAAACACUAAUCUAUUGGAAUUCGUAUCACCAAGGGUGUAAUUUCUUCAAAAAUUCUCUGACUAAGUGAAAAAUGGCGUUUUUUCGAGUAAAAGUGAGGUUAGAAAGUCAACAGACGUAAGUUGGUUAGAAUUUCUGUGGUUUAGGAUGUUAUAAUGGUUCUCCAAGUCACAGAUUGUACCCAAAAACACUAAUCUAUUGGAAUUCGUAUCACCAAGGGUGUAAUUUCUUCAAAAAUUCUCUGACUAAGUGAAAAAUGGCGUUUUUUCGAGUAAAAGUGAGGUUAGAAAGUCAACAGACGUAAGUUGGUAAGAAUUUCUCUGGUUUAGGACGUUAUGAUGGUUCUCCAAGUCACAGAUUGUACCCAAAAACACUAUUCUAUUGGAAUUCGCAUCACCAAGGGUGUAAUUUCUUCAAAAAUUCUCUGACUAAGUGAAAAAUGGCGUUUUUUCGAGUAAAAGUGAGGUUAGAAAGUCAACAGACGUAAGUUGGUUAGAAUUUCUGUGGUUUAGGAUGUUAUGAUGGUUCUCCAAGUUACAGAUUGUACCCAAAAACACUAAUCUAUUGGAAUUCGUAUCACCAAGGGUAAAAUUUCUUCAAAAAUUCCCCGGUUAAGUAAAUUGCGAUGUUUCCUCAAGCGAAAAUACGGUUAAACGAUACCCAAAGUUGUGGAAACACAAUUAUAUCGGAAUCCUUAUCAAUAGGGACACAAUUUCUUGAAAAAAUUUCUUCUUUAAUCGAAACCUAAUAGUAACACGCCACCCCACGCCACGUUCCGAAUAUAAUUUUCCAUUUAAUUCAAUCGUCUGCGUACACACUCAGUAUAUUACACGCCACGCCACUACACGCCACGUAUCGAAUAUGUUUUUCCAUUUAAUUCAAUAUUUUGCGUACACACUCAGUCCACUACACGCCACGCCACGCCACGUAUCGAAUAUAUUUUACCAUUUUCCAUGAUGUUUCCUCAUAAGUACAUUUCCUUUUCGGGAAAUUUGAAGAAAUUAUUCACCGAAUGCACUUUUACAUGUCAAAGUAUGUGAAAUUAAUAAAGAAAUGUAAUAAUUGGACACAUUAUAGAUGUCAUGAAAAUAUCUAUAUACGCGAGUUGAUUUUAGGGAAAAAAAAGUUUUGUAGAUAUUAAUCGGAAGUGUUAUUGACUGCUGUAAUUUUAUAUAAUGGUAAAUAGUAUAAUUAUUAUAUAAAAAAAAAUGUUAUCGAUAUUUAUAUAUAUGCAGUAGACCCUAUUUAUAACGACAUUAAAAGCACCUGACGAUUUCGUCGUUGUUAAAAAAGAAUAUCAACGAAAACUAUAUUAAAAAUGCUGCACAGCUCACUUAUAACAUGCAACACUUGAUACAUGACAUAAAACACUUGAUAUAAGGCAUAGAACACUUGACAGGUGACAUAAAACACUUGACAGAUGACAUAAAGCUUACAGCAAACCAAACAAACUUUUGCAAAUCCAUCGUUAUAAAAAGAGACUACCGUAUUUGUUUUCCUUUUUUUUGUACCAUAAGUUUUGAAAUUCUAUUUAAAUAAAACUAAUUCGGCCCUAAUAACAAUGGGAAAGUUAUAAAUUUUAAAAUAAAUUAAGUGUGUAAGAUCGGCUAAGGUGGUAUUUUUUUCUUCGAGUUGUCAUUACUGCUUCUUCUUCUAAUAUCUUAAUCUUGCUAUGUAAUUGAUUAUUGUAGUGUUUAUACAAAUGAUUCUCCUAUACAAUUCAUUCGACGGCAUAGUCCGAACAUUUUCAUAUAUAUUUGGAAAAACUAAACACACUGUAUAUAAAAUUUCGUCAUUCAACCUGGAUAAUUGUUAAUCGAAUCGUUGGUGUGUUUAAACGUUUAGAAAUUGUGUGAAUUUUUAAUGGAAAAGUCAUUGGAAACCCAUUGUUUUGUCUAAAUUUUAUUAUUUAAACAUUUCGUCAAAUAUGAUGUUAAUAAAUUUGAUUCCGAUAUAAUUUAAAUUUUCUUAUAUGUUUUUUUAUGUUUAUUUAUUUAAAUAUAC